AAGCUGAUAAGUUCGGUGCCGCCACAAAAUUAAAAAUGGCAAAUCUUCACUUAGCUCUUCUUAUUCUUCUACUCCCAUUAUUAUUCCUCAUCGUUUCUUCCACGCCGGAUCAUCAUCAAGACCCUGAUGUUAUCGUACAAGACGUAAACCGGAGAAUCAAUAAUGCGUCUUUGGCUAGGAGGGGUUUGGGUUACUUGUCUUGCGCAACCGGAAACCCCAUCGACGAUUGCUGGCGGUGCGAUGCCAACUGGGAGAAAAACCGCCAGCGCCUCGCCGACUGCGCUAUCGGGUUCGGCAAGGACGCUCUGGGCGGCAAGAAUGGCCGGAUUUACGUGGUCACGGACUCCGGCGACGAUGACCCCGUGAACCCAAAGCCCGGGACGCUAAGACACGCGGUGAUCCAAGACGAGCCGUUGUGGAUAACGUUCCAGCGCGAUAUGGUUAUCCAGCUGAAGCAAGAGCUGGUGAUGAACUCGUACAAGACAAUUGAUGGGCGGGGCGCCAGUGUCCACAUCGCCGGCGGGCCGUGUAUUACGAUUCAUUACGCUAGUAAUAUUAUUAUUCAUGGGGUUCAUAUCCAUGAUUGUAAGCCGGGGGGGAAUGGGGACAUUAGGGACUCGCCGGAGCAUUCUGGGUGGUGGGAUGGGUCCGACGGCGAUGGGAUUUCUAUCUUCCAAGGGAAGCAUAUUUGGGUGGACCAUUGCUCGCUCUCGAAUUGCCAUGAUGGGCUUGUGGAUGCCAUUCAUGGAUCCACCGCCAUUACCAUUUCCAAUAACUACUUCACUCAUCAUGACAAAGUUAUGCUCUUGGGUCAUAGUGAUGCCUUUACUAUGGACAAGAACAUGCAGGUCACCGUUGCCUUUAAUCAUUUUGGCGAGGGGCUGGUCCAAAGAAUGCCUAGGUGCCGGCAUGGGUAUUUCCACGUUGUGAACAACGACUAUACUCACUGGGAAUUGUAUGCCAUUGGCGGCAGUGCAUCCCCUACCAUAAAUAGCCAAGGCAACAGGUUUCUUGCAUCAAAUGAUAGAUUUCGAAAAGAGGUGACAAAGCACGAGGAUGCAGCAGAAAGCGAAUGGAAAAGGUGGAACUGGCGAUCAGAAGGGGACUUGAUGUUAAACGGUGCGUAUUUCCGGCAGUCGGGUGCAGGGGCUUCCGCCUCAACCUACGCCAAGGCUUCCAGCUUAAGCGCCAGGCCAUCGUCUCUCGUGGCUUCUCUCACCACUGCCGCUGGUGCACUUAGCUGCAAGAAAGGAUCCCACUGCUAAUAUAAAUAUAUCUAUGCAUUAUCACAUGUAGUCUUUCCAAGCAGGGAUAUGAUCUAUCGGAGUUUAUUUACACUUUUACCAACUUCAAUUUGCCACUAUGUAUUUUGCUGUUUUCUCA